AUGACCGAAACCUUCUUGCUGCUGCGCAUCCGCCGCGAGGCGUGCGUGUGGUGGUGGAGUUGGGUCGGCACUGAUGGGGUCAGGCGGGAGAAUGUAGAUGCGCGGGCCUUCCUGGCCGUCGGCGUUGGCAGUGAUGCCCAUCUCAUUUUUGUGCGCGGAGGCAGACACCAUCAGAAAGGUGAAAGGUGGACGGGCACUACACGGCCCUAGGUUUGCUAGAGGGAGCUGUAUUGCCUCAGUAACCUGGCUUCGCCAUCAAAGGAGGAGGGAGCAGGUGGCGACGAGCUGAA